AUGCUUAUUAAAUAUGAAUAUUUAUCAAAAAUUUCAAAAAAUUAUAAAAUUUUUUUAACCAGAAAUUGUUGUAGUAAGAAGAAAAAUGAAAAUAUUCUUAAUUUAAAAGAAAAACAUACUUUUAAAUAUGAGUCAGGAAAGAAUAAAGAAAAAAAAUUAACUUUAGGAAGUUUUUCUUUACUUAUUGUACCAGCAUUUACAUUUUAUCUUGGUUGUUGGCAAGUUCAAAGAUGGUUUUGGAAAGAGAAUCUUAUUAAAGAAUUUAAAAAUAAGGUGGGUGAGGAGUGCUGUGAAUUUCCAGUUGACAAUCUUGAGAAAUUAAAUGAAAUGGAAUAUAUGAGAACUGAAAUUGAAGGUGAAUUUUUACAUGACAGGGAAUUUCUCAUUUACCCUCGGGGGAGGUUAGAUAGAGAAUUUCAAAAAAAUGCCAGUAACAUUAGUGGCAUAGUUGCUUCUAAUAAUAUUUCAAGUGGAGGAGCUCAUAUAAUUACCCCAUUUAAAAUAAAAGGAACAAACAUCAUAGUUAUGAUUAAUCGAGGUUGGAUUCCAAAAGAUAUGAUGCCACAGGAAAAACGUUUAGAAACAUUUCCUACAGGAACUGUCAAAAUUUCGGCUAUUAUUAGAAAAUCAGAAAAUAGACCUCAAUUUGUUUCUGAAAAUCGACCAAAUGAUGGUAUUUGGUUUUAUAAAAAUUUUAAAGAGAUGGGAAAUUAUUGCGGUGCUGAACCAAUAUAUUUGGAAGCCACUGAAAAACAUUCAUAUUUACCAAACGGUCCAAUUUCAGGGCAAAGUAACAUUGAGAUUAAAAAUAAACAUGUGGAGUAUUUUGUAACAUGGUAUUCUAUGACGGCACUGACACUAAUUAUGUGGUAUCUUCGUUUUAUUAAAUAA